AUGAGCGGCGGAGAUAACGGACUGUUCGUCGAAGGAUACGUGAAUAAGCAUCCUUGUAAAAUAAUCGUAGAUACGGGAGCAAAUGUAACCAUCGUGAGAACAGAUGUAGUUCGAAAAUUGAGCGAAGCGUUUCGCUGGACUCCGCUUUCUGUGACUUUACAAACAGUGACAGGUGAUAAGAUUCCCAUUGAAGGUAAAAUUAACAUUAUCAUUACCUUCGGAAUUGAGACCUACCAGCACUUAGCUUUCGUCGCUAACAUUGCGAACGAAUUAAUACUCGGACUGGACUUUUUGCAGAAGUACGACUUUACAUUGGACUUUGAACGUAACGAAAUGCGCUCUGCAAAAGAAGAUAUAACUGUGUUUGUGAACGGCAGCAUUCCCUCAGCUCACCAAGUAACAACAAAAACAGAUGUCACCAUCCCUCCGAUGACAGAAUUAUUAAUAGCCGGCUCCAUAGAAAGGAAUAGCUUCAGAUUUGGACUAAUUGAAUACCCUGAAAAUAGCCCAAGAGAGGUAUUAGUGGCCUUCUCAUUAGUAGAUCUUUCGAAAAAUUUCAUCCCUGUGAGAGUGGCGAAUGUUAGUCCCAGACUGAGAAACAUCAAGAAGGGUGAAGUGCUAGCAGCAUGCACUCCAGUUACUUGCGUUUACAAAGCCCCAUUUGAAAUUCCGAUUGAGGCAACUAGGAAAUUAAUGGAAGAACUUCUGCAGAGUGCAAAUUUAACCCAUGAACAAAGACGUGCGGCAGAGAAAACAAUUAAAAAAUUUGAAGAUCUAUUUUCUAGGUCAUCCAGAGAUGUUGGCCGCGCAAAACUGACUCGACAUCGAAUUGAUACGGGGAUCACUCUCGAUAAAGCAGCAUCCCAGACUUUUACCAUUCGCAAAACAGGAAGAGGUUGGAAAUCUUCUGAAGGAGAUGCAAGAAAAUGA